UCAAGACCAGAAGAUUAGUCUAGCACAUACGUAGAGCAACCGUUUAGUUUUCCCUCUACCCUUAUACUUAUCCCUUCAAGCAAUAUUACAUCAAGAAGAAAACGAGAGUACUACUAAAUAACUUGGUAACUUUUACCAGCACCUAGAAGUUGCUUGUCCUUGUUUGUAAACUGAAUCAUAGAAUUCAAAAAAGAGAAGAUAUGAACAAAAUGAAGCUGCUUCUAGGCGCCGCUGUUCUGCCAUAUGGGUUCGUUUUCGCUUUCUUCGACGGCCUCCGAUUUCCAAGCAUAGCAUUUAAGAUACCAGAACUCUUCUAUGUCUGCGGGAACCCUAUCCUUCUUUUUUUUUGGAAAAAGCAGGAGGACCCUAUCCUUCUCACCCUGGAAGGAAUCUCCUAAUUUACUUCUCACUCUAUAAGGAAUCCCCGAUCCUUCUCACUCUAUAUACUUGUAAGGAAUCUCCUAUAAGUUACCUCUCACUUUAUAACAAGGAAUCGCCUAAGUAUAAUGCCAUCCUUCCUCCAAAGAAGUGAAACAUAGUGUUGCGCCUUCACUUAGAGGUGUGCUGCAAAUCUUGAUUGGCUUCUUCCUUUUUAUAAGGAUGGGGCUUAGGUCCAGCGACGCUUAACGCAGGAAAUAAGGCAACCGGUUAGCUUUCACCUCUAUGCUCUAGGUCUAUCCCUUCAAACAGCAUAGUGCUGCACUAAUCCUCACGACCCCUACUUUAUCUUUCUAAUAUACCAGGAAAAGGUUCGUCAGCUUCUGGAGAUUUUGUAUGUCCUGGAAGUGCGGCGUGGAUACACCAUGCUAGUUGCCAAGUGGAGAUGGUGACGGACAUGCCAUGCUUAAGGCUACUUUUUCGCUAUCCACCCAUUCAUUACAUUAUGCAGCUGAGUGGAUUCCUCUUAGUAAUCACGGGUCGCUACGGAACCAGGCAGCCUUGAGUUGCUACGUGGUUCGAAUGAAUGAAUGAAAUCAAGGUGAAAAUAAGAGCAAAAAUUCUUGUAACAACUCACUCAUACUCAAUCAGGGAUAGUGAAGAAAAGCUUUAACUUGCUCAAGCGUUCGUGAAGAGGUUCUCGCUAGAGUGGCAGGAGAAAAUCACUGGUUGGACCCGCAUAACCACGGUACCUAUGCUAUCGCCAAGAACAAGGAUCAAGGAACUUAUGGCGGGAAUCUCACGCUUGCUUGACGAGGACUUUUUAUAUUGUGAAUUUAUUUUAGAAUGGUCUUCUAACAUUCGUCUAUUAAUCCACAUUUUGAUUUACAUUAAUAUUCAUUGCGCCUGUACUAGUUAAUUUCGGCACGACCUUAGUGAUCAUGAUAUCCAAUGCCAGCAGAUCCGAACUCACUAAGAAAUCGAAGGAGAAGAUGACUCGUCGGUUGUAUCUCUCCAGCGCACCACGCGAUCGACGCCUGCGUAUACCGAUCUGAUCACACUGCAAUUCGUGGACGACGAAGCUAUGUAAAUAAAAAUGUCUUUUUCAGAGGCACAAUGCUCUUCUUUAGAAAGAAUUGAUCAUAAGCACUUCCAAGAAGAAUGCUUGUCAAAUGCCGCUUCAACUCUCCUCGAGGAUCUCAAGAUCAACAUGACAAGAUCAAAAGACAUCUUGACUCCCCACAAGCACAAGCAUUAGCUUCCCUGCAACCACUCACCUUCAUGAAAAGCAAAAACAGUGAUGAAGCACCUAGUGGCGCCAGCUGCCGCGUCCGCGGAUGCUCAGAGUCUCAAGUCACUUCGUGGCUUGACUUCAGCACCAACUAUUGCAAUAUCCACAACCUGCUAUGUGGUUCUGCCGACGGAUGCGCAUAUGCAAAGCACGAUUUACAUUAUGAAGAGGAUGUAUCUCUAGGUACAAUCAUCAUCGCCAUCGUCAUUGUUGAUGAACAUGAGUCUUCAUUAGCACCAUCGGAUUGUCGAAUCAAUAAGGUGCUAAUGAAGACCAAGACUCAUGCACGUAGUUCUGCUCGGAAGCUAAUAUUCUUAUCCGGUCCCUUCUAAUCUCCCACCCGUGACGAGACACUUGGGACGUGCAGUGCGAGCAAUGCUCGGAGUUGUGCGUCUACGGCAUCUUCAGGCACUUCUGCGAUAACUGCACUCGCCUCAACACCUUCUGUCAUAGAGGAAGAGCCCACAGAGCAAGGCGUACUAGAAGGAAGGAAGCUAGCUGCUACGGAAAAGAUGAACUACAACAAGAAUGUUGAUAUUCAUGUUGUUCAUCCGGAAGAGGACCUCACACCCAAACUCCAGGAAGAUGCUAGUACUUCUUUCGAAACUGAUACGAGAAUUUAUGAGUGAUUGUCGAAAGGGAGAGGGGGUCUGUCUGACGUCCUGCAGCAAAGUGGCAGAAAGGGGACGUCGAGAAGAUUGGUUUCGCAUGUGCAUAAAAAUAUAUUGUAUAAAUAUCGACCAUUUAUUCGUGUUGUUCAUAGACUUAGACUUGGCCGAGAAGUUAUAGCUUCUUACAACUUCUUCCUAAAAAUCUAUGACAUCACAAACACAAGCACAACAUUGAGUUCCAUAAGCUUCACGAAGAGGUAGUUCGCUUGAUCGAACCAUCAUAGGCUGCUUUUCCUGGGGAUCGUGUUUUUAAUUCUUGUCAGCAAUGAUCAUUUCUCUUUGCGCCAAGACGAGCACGAGGAGAGAUAAAUAAAUGAAAAGUCAUGGACGAGCUGGAAGAUGUAUCUUUUGGUGCUGCAUAUUUCUCCAUUAACCAACAUGAGUUCAGGGAAGUCGUAGGUCCAAUCCGAAUCAACUAACAUCACCAAGCGAAU